AAUGCACUGCAUGCAAGUGGGUGUAAUCUAUAGCCCCUCCCCCUAUCUCACCACUGCGACCAUGGCUACCUUGGAAGAACUUGCAGCAGACAAGGAGAGAGAACUACAGCAGCUGAGGGAGCAAGCAGCACUCGCAAACAAAGAAAAUAUCAAGGUCAUUGAGACGCAGCUAGCUGGAGAGAAGUCUCGGCUGGUUCAACUGAGGGCAGACUUUGACUACAACCUCCGUCUGCUGAGUCAGCGCGAUGAGGAGCUCGCUCGUUACGAGGAGACGUUUGGUAGCGUGAAACAUGUCGUUAAUUCACUCAUGGCUGAAAACAGCCAGCUCAAGGUUCAAUUGGCUGAAACAGGGGAGCAGCUCUCUCGUGCCCAAGAAGGGACAGAGGACGUGAGGAGACAAUGUACCCAGCGACUACACGAUGUACAGUCUCGAGUUCAAUCAGUACGAGCAUUGCAACAAGCAGAACUAGACAAAGAGAGGCAACAAUUAAGAGUGUAUCAACGUGAAGUAGAACAGAAGAUGGUCGACCUUGAGGGGAACCUAGCUUGUCAGAGGGAUGAAAUUACCACUCAUUUUGAGCAAAUUCUGAGAGAGAGGGAACACGAAUAUGAGACAAGAACAAAAGACAUCCGCUCUGCACACGCCUCCAGUGAGGACAAACUCAGAGUAGCAGUAAGAGAGGUAGAAGCUUGCAAGUCAGCUAUGGCGUCGCUCAAAGAGGAGUCAAGAAGUAGAGCCGAGGAUUUGGUUAGAGUGGAGAAGGAGGUCAGAGAGAAGCAGUGGGCUUUGGAGGAUCAGGGGAGUCUGCAAGAUGGAGUCAUCAGAGAUCUAGAGAAGAGAUUGUCUCAAACAGAGGCUAAACUUGGCAAGCAAGCUGAGGAAUUUGUGAAACGCCACAGUGAGUUGGACCGCAGGCUGAGAGAGAAAGAGAGUGUCCUGAAGAGUGCUAGAGAAGCCCACAGCAGCAAGAUGGUAGCUCUAGAAGAGAGUGUCUCUAGUCUGACUGGACAACUAGAAGCUAAGGACUCUGAGCUGAGCAGACUACAGUGGCAGUGGCAGGAUAGCUUGAAACAGAAGCAGGCAGAAAUUAAUCAAUGUAGGGAGAAGUUGGAUGUGUGCAAGCGUGAAUGUGAUGAGGCUGUGGAGGUGUGUAGGCGUGAGUGUGAUGAGCGUGUGGAGGAAGUGACGAGGGCGGUAGUAUCGAGGGACCUCAAGCUACAGGCAGCACAGGACCAGUUGGACCACCUGAGGUCAAUAGAGGGUCACCUCAAUCAAGAACUUGAAAGGUGUAAGGGAGAGCUUGAGUUGAAGACUACCACACAACAGGAGACAGACCACACCAUCCAACAACUCACUACCGCCAGAGACAAACUGGUUGCCGAGUGUCGUGAGCUAAGAGGAAAGCUAUCAAAGCAAGCAACAAGUCAUGUGACCGAACCCCGAGAUCAUGUGACUGACGAUAACGAUUAUGUGAUAUCUCAACUACGACAACAGAACUCUGACCUUCACAAUGUUAUCCGCCAAAUGAGAGAAGAGAUCGAAACAAUUGCCGAACCGUCCAAUCAGAUCUCAACAUCAUACGUCCAUUACAUGGAGCGAGAGCUGACAGAGUUAAAAUUAAAAAACAGAGAACUAGAAGUCAAAGUACAAUCCAAACAAGUCUCGGCCGAAAAACCACCUCGUAGUCCAUCAGUUGAGAGAGCUGGUAGGAGUCAUGUGACUAGCGAGGAUGCUCACAGGAGUCAUGUGAUUAGCGAGGAGGCUCACAGGACUCAUGUGAUAGCCCUCAGUGACACGAUUGCAGCGAUGCAGAGAGACAAGAGUGGGUUGGAAUGUGAACUGGCGCAGUGUCGUAUUGGAAUGGGGAGACUGGAGGGACUGCUGCAGGAGCACAAGGAGAAGCUCUACUCCCUCAAGAGUUGUCAAGUGCCUCAGAGCAAGGUACAUGCUAAACUGGUCCAUGCUACACACGUUAUCAUCGCCUUACUGAGAGAGAAAGAACAGCUGACUCAGCAAAUUAAAGUACAACCCUCCUCUUCCCUUGUACAAAAGAGGGACACACAAUCGCAAACUGAAACAUUUGAAGUAGUUACUGAACAAGUUGUCCAAUCGAAACCGUCCACUGUUGAUGAAGAGGUUGCUAGCCCGAGGGAACUUCCCUCAUCUUACAAGGGACUUUCCCCUACUGUUGGGGAAUUUCCCCUAUUGUCUGGGGAAUUCCCCCCUCUAAGAUUCACUGACUCAUCGCCGGGAUCAUUGGACAGUGUACUAGGAAUGGUUGAGCAAGAGUUGACUGAUAGUGGGAGCCCCCAACACACCUCAACCCCUGCAGAACCACACCCACAAAUGGACGCUGUAUUAGAGCUCGUUGGUCACCAAGUUCAUGGGAGCAUACGUCCAGGUUCAAAGUUUAAAGGUCAUCAACAGAGGAGGCCUCUAUUAAAGAAAAACAAAAAACUUGUUCGAAACUACAAUAUUAGAGACUAAUAACUGAAUUUUAGUAAAUUUCAUCAAAAAUUGUAUAUAUAAUAAUAAUAAUCAUUUCACAUAAUUUCACAAUUCCACUAAACCAUAA